AUGUUCGGCAUAUUCAGCAUCCAUCAGCUCAUCAUAUCCAACUCAACCAUCCGCCAGAAACUAUCAGCGGCUUCGUCACAAAAUGGCUCUUUGUCAGACAACACAAACUGGGCGCAAUCGGGUAAUGGCACAGCAUCGGACGACGGCAAGCUUUUGAAUGCGGCUCUAGUGGCUCUUGUGCGCAACUCGGAACUGAACGACAUGCGGUCGACCAUCCGGCAGAUCGAGGACCGGUUUAACCGCAACCACGGGUACCCUUACAUAUUCCUCAACGACGAGGACUUUACGAGGAUGUACUUUGGUAAGUUGCCGCAGGAGCAUUGGGGACUGUCGCCGUACGUGACGGAGGAGAAGGUCAAGGAGGCGCUGGAGCGCAAUAAGGAUCGGUAUCUCUACGGCGGCAGCUUCUCUUACCGCGAGAUGUUCAUCCAUAAGCACCCGCUGCUGCAAAAUCUGGACUACUACUGGCGCAUCGAGCCAGGGGUUGAGUACUUCUGCGACAUCCUAUAUGAUCCAUUCAAGUACAUGAGGGACAACAAUCUUAUCUACGGCUUCACCAUUACGCCCACAGAGUCAGCUCCUACUGUCGAGACGCUGUGGAAGACUACGCGCGAGUGGAUGCUCGAGAACCCGCAUCUGCUGCCCGACAAGAGCUUUAUACACUGGGUUGUCAACGAGAGGGCCAAGUACACGCUGUGCCAUUUCUGGUCCAACUUUGAAAUCGUUGACCUGUCGUUCUACCGCAGCGAAGCAUACGAGUCGUAUUUCCAGCACCUUGAUCGCGCCGGCGGCUUCUUCUAUGAGCGCUGGGGCGAUGCUCCGGUGCACUCGAUGGCGGCUUCUAUACUGUUGAAGAAGGAGCAGAUCCACUGGUUCGAGGAUAUCGGAUACCAUCACCCUGGGUAUGCGCAUUGCCCGAACAAGCCUGAGAUGAAUAGCAGGUGUGUUUGCAAGAAAGAUUUGGAUUACAUGUAUAAAUCGAUGUGCAAUCGUCGUUUCGGCGAGGUCGGAAACAUCUACAAGGACCAGGCCCUGGCCCUGGCCCAAAUGGGCAACGAUCGUAACAUGUAA